AUGUCUCAGAAUGCGUUUGACCAAAAGAAGGAGCAUAUCCUCGCCGAAAUACACAACAAUAUGCAAGAUUUGUCACCAAAAGGCACGAUCGAUGAGCUCUGCUGGCCGAUCAUGAAUCUCGUCAACUCACACCCAGAUAUGAUCACCACAUCAUCGUGUUCUGGACGUCUCAGCGUCUUCGUCGAGGGCAACAAGUUGCACAACGAGGAAAUGAAAUCUGGUGGGAAAGGAGACGGUGGAAAGUGGCUUUUCGUCACUCAUAAGCACGAGGACGUUGCAAACUGGAGCCAAAACCUAUCAGAACAAGUUGUUUACACAACAGAUCUUCAGGAAAGAUCAUUGGAAGCCUCUGCGCGGUACAUACUCUACAAGUACGAGCCUUUCAUCCUGCAUGUCAAAUGUCGAGACUUUUCGACUGCUAGUAAGCUUUUCAGUACGGCAAUGGCAUGUGGGUUUCGAGAAAGUGGGAUCGGAAGCAACAACAUCGUUGCAGUCAGAGUCAACAUCAAGCUCGACGUGCCAAUCGGGUAUCUGGACCACAGCAGCCAGAAACUUAUUUUCUUCGUGAGCAAGGGCUACAUUGAACAAAUAGACGGAAUGACGCUAUCCAAGUUCUCCGAAAACACCAAGAAGAUGCAUGAGCUUUACGACAAAAUAGAAAGCCAGAUCAUAAAGCCCGCUCAAGAAGUACCGGUGACCAAAGCGCCACAAGAGACGAAGGAAGAACGUAGGGAACGGAAGAGAAUGGAAGGUUUGCUCAGACAGCAACAGAUUUCCCGGGAAAAAGAUGGAAUUGUAGUGCAAACGGACGCUGCGACUCAAGAUUGA